CUGCCGCUGGUGCAUUCCCUUCCGGUGUGAGAAGGAGGAGGCCGCCUGUGGGGCCCGGCGAUCACACGCAUUUGCUUUCUCUUCUGGUAGAAUUUACGUUGUGAGGGAAAAAAGGGGAACCCAUGCCUUCUCCUGAGGAGCCGUAUUGUCUAUGAGUCGUAUGGUGUGAGUCUCUCGGGCAGAAUGCCUCCUGUACAGCUAGAGAGCAAUCAGCUGGUGGUGACUGGGGGUCCCACCACUGCCCCUCAGCCUCCUCCCCCGGGGGCAGUAGUCGCCUCAGCCUCGGCCAGCCAUGGCUACCGCCUCAGUACACUCAUCGACUACCUACUACAGAGGACCUACCAGGAGAUCAACGUGCUGGCUGAUCUGCUUCCAAGAAAGACAGACAUGGAAAGAAAGAUUGAAAUAGUGCAAUUUGCCAGCCGUACCCGACAACUCUUCGUUAGACUCUUAGCACUGGUGAAAUGGGCAAACAAUGCGGGUAAAGUGGAGAAGUGCGCGAUGAUAUCAAGUUUUUUAGACCAGCAAACCAUCUUGUUUGUCGAUACAGCCGACAGAUUGGCAUCCUUAGCUAGGGACGCCUUGGUACAUGCUCGUUUACCAAGUUUUGCAAUUCCUUAUGCCAUUGAUGUGCUAACAACAGGAUCAUAUCCGCGGUUGCCAACAUGCAUUAGGGACAAAAUAAUUCCACCAGAUCCUAUUACCAAAAGUGAGAAACAAUCAACUCUACAUCAGCUGAACCAGAUCCUCAGGCAUCGACUGGUUACCACAGAUCUCCCACCCCAGCUGGCCAACCUUACAGUCGCAAAUGGAAGGGUAAAGUUUCGUGUAGAGGGGGAAUUUGAAGCAACACUUACUGUUAUGGGAGAUGAUCCUGAAGUUCCUUGGAGGUUACUUAAACUGGAGAUUCUUGUAGAAGAUAAAGAAACUGGAGAUGGACGUGCUCUAGUACACAGCAUGCAGAUACACUUCAUCCACCAGCUGGUUCAGUCCAGACUUUUUGCUGAUGAGAAACCACUCCAGGACAUGUACACCUGUUUACACUCCUUCUGCUUAUCACUUCAGCUAGAAGUCCUACACUCGCAGGCCAUGGCACUGAUAAGAGAGCGCUGGGGAGAUCUAGUUCAAAUUGAACGUUACAUUGCAGGAAAAUGUCUCAUACUCGGCGUUUGGAACCAGCAGGUGCUGGGAAGGAAAACGGGUACUGCAUCUGUUCACAAGGUCACUAUAAAAAUUGACGAGAACGAUGGCUCCAAACCUCUUGAGAUUUCUCAUGAACCCCCUCUACCAGCUUGUGAUUCCAAACUAACAGAAAGAGCUAUGCGGAUUGACCAUCUGUCUAUAGAGAAACUUCUAAUUGACAGUGUUCAUGCAAGGUCGCAUCAGAAGUUGCAAGAGCUAAAGGCUAUCUUACAGAGUUUCAACCCCAAUGACAGCUCGUUUGUGGAAACAGCUUUGCCAACGUUGGUCAUUCCCAUUCUGGAGCCUUGUGGCCGCUCUGAGUGUCUCCAUGUGUUUGUAGAUCUUCAUUCUGGAAUGUUCCAGCUAAUGCUUUAUGGAUUUGACCAAACAACAUUAGAUGAUUUUGAAAAAUCCAUUAAUGAUGACAUGAAGAAAAUCAUCCCUUGGCUCCAACAAUUGAAGUUUUGGCUUGGACAGCAGCGCUGCAGACAUUCGGUAAAGCACCUUCCCACUGUGUGCAGUGAAACCUUGCAUUUGACAAAUUAUACCACACAUCCUAUCAACAGCCUCUCCAGACACAAGCUUUUUAUAAAGCUUACACGUCUUCCACAGUACUAUAUUGUAGUGGAGAUGUUUGAGGUUGCUGGAAGCCCAACAGAAUUACAGUAUAACUACCACUUCCUGUCUGUCAGUCACAAUGAUGGGGAGGAUAACCCACCCACAGCUCUACUGCUACAGCGAUUCAAGACGAACAUUGAUGAGCUGUCUUUUGAUGGGACAUGGCGAAAGCAAACGAAAGCAGGCUGUAAACGCAAGCUUUCUGGAGAUCAGGGUUCUCCAGAAUCAAAGAAGCCAAAGCGGACAGGGGAAAUGUGUGCCUUUAAUAAAGUGCUUGCUCACUUUGUGGCCAUGUGUGAUGCCAACAUGCCGUUUAUCGGACUUCGAAUGGAGUUUUCCAACCAGAACAUUCCUCAUCAAGGUGUACAAAUAGAAGGGGAUGGCUUUAGUCAUGCUAUCCGAGUACUAAGGGUUCCUCCAUGUAAAGGGAUAAGUGAAGAAACACAGAAGGCACUAGAACAGUCUCUACUCGAUUGCACUUUUCGACUGCAAGGCAGGAAUAACCGAACAUGGGUUGCAGAGCUAGUGUUUGCAAACUGCCCACUUAACAGUGCAGCCUCCAGGGAACAGGGUCCAACACGACACGUGUACCUAACUUAUGAAAACCCCCUGUCAGAACCUGUAGGAGGAAGGAAAGUAGUAGAAAUGUUCCUAAAUGACUGGAAUAGCAUUGCUCAGUUAUAUGAAUGUGUGCUGGAAUUUUCCAAGUGUUUACAAGACAUACCUCACCACUUAAAUCAGUUUUCUGAGGUCCGAUUGUAUAAUUAUCGCAAGCUGAUUCUGUGCUAUGGACAAACGAAGGGAAGCUCGAUAAGUAUUCAGUGGAAUUCUAUUAACCAGAAAUUUCACAUAUCCCUUGGGACCACCGGACCUAACUCUGGUUGUAGUAAUUGUCACAAUAUCAUUCUUCACCAGCUACAAGAAAUGUUCAACAAAGUCCCAAAUGUAGUACAAUUGUUACAGGUUUUAUUUGAUACUCAAGCACCUUUAAACGCUAUCAACAAACUUCCAACAGUACCGAUGCUGGGCCUGACACAGCGGAUAAACACUGCCUAUCAGUGCUUUUCUAUACUUCCCCAAUCUCCUACCCAUAUACGACUGGCCUUCAGAAAUAUGUAUUGUAUAGACAUUUAUUGUAGAAGUAGGGGUGUGGUGGCAAUACGAGACGGCGCUUACAGCCUCUUCGAUAACAGCAAAAUAGUUGAAGGCUUUUAUCCAGCUCCAGGGCUGAAGACAUUCCUGAAUAUGUUUGUGGAUAGCAAUCAGGAUGCACGGAGGCGAUCGGUUAAUGAAGAUGACAAUCCACCAUCACCUGUUGGAGGAGAUAUGAUGGACUCAUUGCUAUCCCAAUUUCAGCCACAGACACAGCAGUUUUCAAAACAGUCAGGAGCUUCUGGUGCCUAUCCACUUACUUCUCCACCUUCUUCAUAUCAUAAUACUGUUGCACCGUCACCAGUAAUGAUGCACACACAGUCUCCAGGAAACUUGCAGAGUUCUCCUAGUGGUGCCCUCAGAGCACCUUCUCCUGCAUCUUUUGGCCCCACUCAGUCUCCUUCUUCUAUUGGGAUUUCAAUGGUUCCAUCAUCUAAUUUUGCUAGUCCUCAUGGUACAUUAGACCCUAGUUCUCCGUACACCAUGAUGUCACCCAGCCAACGUGCAGGCAAUUGGCCAGGGUCUCCUCAAGUGUCUGGUCCUUCUCCAGCAGCUCGCAUGCCUGGAAUGUCACCAGCAAAUCCAUCUCUUCACUCUCCUGUCCCUGAUGUGUCUCACUCCCCUCGAGCUGGAACAAGCUCUCAGUCAAUGCCAACAAACAUGCCUCCACCUCGCAAGCUACCUCAACGUUCAUGGGCUGCAUCAAUCCCCACCAUCCUCACUCACAGUGCCUUGCACGUCUUACUCCUGCCUUCUCCUACUCCUGGGUUAUCGCCAGCUUUGGCAGGAAGCUACCUGUGUUCUCCUCUUGAAAGGUUUCUUGGAUCAGUUAACAUGAGGCGGCAUCUUCAAAGGAUAAUACAACAGGAGACUUUAAAUGUGAAUUCAUUCUUCCAGCUUCAACUCAUAAACUCCAAUGAACCCGGGGUAAUCAUGUUCAAAACUGAUGUGCUCAAAUGCCGAGUUGCUCUUAACCCCACUACGAAUCAGACAUUACAGCUGAAAGUAACCCCGGAAAAUGCCGGGCAGUGGAAGCCAGAGGAGCUGCAGGUCUUGGAGAAGUUCUUUGAAACAAGGGUUGCUGGGCCACCUUUUAAAGCAAAUACUCUUAUAGCUUUCACCAAGUUAUUAGGAGCACCAACUCACAUUCUUCGAGAUUGUGUGCACAUAAUGAAACUAGAGCUGUUCCCAGAUCAAGCUACGCAAUUAAAAUGGAAUGUACAGUUUUGUUUAACCAUCCCUCCAAGUGCUCCACCAAUUGCACCCCCUGGAACACCUGCUGUUGUGCUAAAAUCGAAAAUGCUGUUUUUUCUUCAACUGACCCAAAAAACUUCAGUGCCACCAGAGCCAGUUAGUAUUAUUGUCCCGAUCAUCUAUGACAUGGCGUCGGGAACCACUCAGCAAGCAGACAUUCCCCGCCAGCAGAACUCCUCGGUGACAGCACCAUUAAUGGUCAGCAACAUCCUGAAGAGGUUUGCAGAGUUAAAUCCACCACGUUCAGGUGAAUGCACAAUAUUUGCUGCAGUACGCGAUCUCAUGGUUAACCUCACGCUGCCGCCUGGCGGUCGACCCUGAACACUACUCUGCAAACUGCAUGGAUCACUCUUCCUCACACAAAGGCAUGAGUAGGAAAUGGGACAGUUCUGCAUUUGAUAUUUUUGUCUGAAGAACACAGAAGCAGGCAGAUAUUUUUCAAAGAUGCACUUCUUUAUUCAGAAAUUAUAUAUAAUUGAUCAAAAGAGGAAUUUUUGUAUAGUGCUGUUGUAUAGUGUGUUUUACUACAUCUCAUUUGAAGCUCUGGCGAUGUAAGUUUUGGCUUCCCAGAAACAGGUUUAAUAUUCUGUUUUAUACUGAAUGAAAUGAGUGAUGCCAAACUUUUUUUUUUUUUUCUGUAAAUGUGUUUUCUUUGGUGUAACAGAUUUUGUUUUUCUUAAGAAUGAAUGGUCAUUUUGAAUACUGUAAAACUGUGACAGACUUUAUAAUGAAAAUGUAUUUUAUUAUGACUGUUUAAAAUCCAAAUACAAAAAAAAAAGGAUUUGGGCGUGUUGAAAAUGCGUCCUAAAAAGCAAUAUUUAAUAAAUUAGAAGAAAAAC